AUGUUGCAGUUCGUGUUAGAAAAGGACCAACGAUUGCCACAUUCACAGCUCAUCGUUCAACUUCCUGUCGUCCAUCCAUUUUUUGACCACUUCAUCGCCAAAGUCGUGGAUGUCUCUCCAUCUGUAGAUUCUUUAAUUCGGGAUGCGAAUCGAACAUUUCUGGCUUCAACCGACGAUUCGACCACUAUUCGAAUUCACUCACUUCAUCCUGGUCAUAAGUAUCGUAUCGCGAUAAUUGGUCGUAGAGAUGACAACUCGUCGGUGUUGAGGGAAGAUGAGGUGACAAUGGAUCCGUCUGCACCGCAAUUUCCGAUCCAAGACAUUGACAUCACCAUGAACAACAUAACGCUGAAAGUCGUCAAAAAUGAGAAAUACGUGCAGGACUUGUUUCUGGUGGAGUACCGACAGCUGGAACCAGAUAAACGCUACCCGGUUCUGGAAGUUCUCGAUAUUCCCGAGCAGAAAAAUCUCGAAAUUUACAUUGGGAAUCUUAAUCCUGGUCAGGACUAUAUUGUUAAAGUGAUUGCUGUUAAGUCUGGACUAAGGAGCAGGCCGUGGUCUGCCACACUUUCUACAAAACCAGAUUCUGUGUCAAAUCUUACCGUAUCCGAGACUGGCAUUUCCUGUUUGACCGUCGAGUGGAAACUUCCUGCAAAUAGUGGUGCGGACUCCUUCUUAAUACGGUAUUCGAAAAUGGAUGUAGUGUCGAACACUAGCAUAACAUUGCCUCGGACGGACCGUUCAGUUCACUUGUGUAACAACAUUGUUCCUGGUUAUAUCUACAUAAUUUCAAUAGUAGUGAAAAAAGGAUUGAGUCGAUCAGAGGAGAAAACUGUGUCCUACACAGUUCGUCCUUUAAGUCCUGAAGACUUCAAGAUUUUUCCCGAUAUCACGAAAGGAAAAUAUCGAUUAAUGUUUGGUUUAAACUCGACAUCGUAUUAUGAUGGAUGUCGCGUGUCCGUUGUUAGUGAAACGUUGGAAAAAAUCGAGCAGUCCGAGAAGUUAAGUGAAGAGGGCGCGAAUAAGAAAUGUUCGAUUCUGCUUCCAUUGUUUCCGGGUGACCGCUUCGAGUUUACUCUUUCUACUUUUUCCCAUAAUGUGAGCAGCUCAAAACUUUAUCGAAGUGUUGUACUGACUCCUGCAUUCGAUAUGGCUGCGUUCGGCUUAAAUCUUCAGGAACUGAGAAAUGGUGUUGAGUUGUCGUGGCCGCAAAGCGAUGUAUUCAUGGCACGGAUAAAGGAUAUCUGGAGCAAAGAAAGUCCUAAAAUACCGUCUUUUGAAGAAAUCUCUCUAGCACUCGUGUGGUUUCAGGUGGUAGGACCGGCGUCUCAACUUCAGAUGCGUUUGUUCCCCACUGAUGGUGUGGGGAAGGGGCGUCGAUUGCAUGGCGAUCCAUACAAUGCUACCUCUCUUUACAUUGGGUCACUGAGAAAAGGCAGCUGUUAUAAGAUUUGUUCUACUGUAGGUUUAUCGACGAACAUUUUUAUGGAAUCGAAAUCUCUACUGACUCAGCUUUCCUUCCUUAAGCCAAUUAUGAUCAUCAGAUUCUUUCAGAUUCAAAUCUUCACUGUGACAAAGUCGGGCAUUGUGUCAGAGACGAGGUUCAACGAGUAUUUCCGUAUGUCCCCUCCUGGAGUAAACAUGUCCGUUCACUCGAUCACGCAGACAUCUGCCACUCUUCACUUGGUGUUCCCCUACGAUGUUGGUUUUUUCGUGCCAGACAAUCCUGAUCCGCAAUCUGAGCUGAAUGUUGUCGUGAUCGAUAUGCACGGGCAUGUGGUGCUCGACAAGACUCAAAAGGCUCACGGCAACGUCUUGUCAGAGAUAAAGCUCAAUGGCUUGCGUCCUUAUCACAAAUAUUCUUUAAAUGCGAAGAUCACGUGUUCAUCAGGACCACUUGAAUGCAAGCCGGCGGUGCGUUCGUUACGACAGUUGAGCUUCUCUACUAUGCAGGACAAGCCAGGGCCAGUGCUAUCAGCUUCAGUGUCCGCAUUGAAUCCGUACUCGGUGCAGGACACUUCGGUAGAUUCGCGAUCUAUCAUUGUGGGAACGGCUACAAACCGAUCCGACCACUUCUUGGAAACGGUCAUUGACGGGCUGUCGGGCGGGGAGCGGUACAACUUUGUGGUUCGUGCAGUAACUGAAGCCGGACCUGGUGAGCCGCAUACUGUGCCGCCCGAUUUCAUCAAAAUGCCAAUUAUGGCGCCUCCCCGUACAGCAGCGGUGCCGAAAGUGGACAGCAAUUCGAUCACCAGCUAUUCUUUGACUGUCAAAUAUUCGCCAAUCAUGUUUAACGCAAAACACGGCAAGAUUGUCAGGAGUGCACUGCUGGUAGCUGAAGUAACGGAAGACGGACAAGUUAGCGAAAUCUGGUUGAAUGCCGGAAACGACACAUACACGUGGAUGCAAGUGCAGCGGUUCGACGUCUGGCCUCUGUACACAGCCGCUGUAGAUGAACCCAAAUCGAGGGCCACUCCGUCUCUCCAUCAGGCAGUCGGUGUGGAUCAGUCGUGCGGGGACCUUCCACUAGAUACCGUAUGUAAUGGUCCGUUGAAGGCUGCUACCAACUACAAGUUCAAACUGAGACUAUUCACAGCCCCAAAUCUCUUUUCCGAUACCGAUUUCAGCGAGGUUGUCGUUACAGGUAGGGUUAUUUAUCUUUGGUUUCAAUUUUUUCAUCUCGUGCUGUUUUUAAAAUUUCUACGUUUACCCAUUCACAGUGCUAAAGUAUCGAGUGAAUAUGUUAGAAGGAAAGAAGUUAAUCACUUCUGA